AUGGGCCGCAUGCACAACCAAGGAAAGGGUAUUUCUGGAUCAACAACCCCAUACAUUAGGGAGAGCCCAGAAUGGCUAGAUGCCAACGUCAACGACAUUGAGUCAAAAAUAGUAACAUACGCCAAGAAAGGCCUGACUCUCUCUGAGAUCGGAACUAUUCUGAGAGACGAGUACCAGAUCGGAAACAUGAAGUUCUUCAGCGGGAGAAAGCUGCUUAUGAUCCUUAUGAAGAACAACCUGGCCCCACAAGUUCCGGAAGACCUCUCCGCCCUCGUCAAGAAGGCGAUCAGCAUAAGGAAGCACUUGGAGUCGAACAAGAGAGACACGGACUCUAAGUACAGACUCAUUCUCGUUGAGUCCAGAAUCAGCAGACUUUCUCGAUACUACAAAACACGAAAGGUCAUUCCGUCCAACUGGAUCCCUUCGUAUAGAUCAGCUGUAAAGAGAAACAGUGGGCUAUAA